CCAUGAGACUGGUACUCCCUAACCCAGGACUGGAUCUCCGGAUCCCUAAUCAUGAGGAUCUGGAGAGGAUGGAGAAGGAGGAGGCCGGGGACAGGCCCAAGUGGGACAACAAAGCCCAAUACAUCCUAACCUGUGUGGGCUUCUGCAUUGGGCUUGGUAACGUCUGGAGAUUCCCUUACCUGUGUCAAAGUCAUGGAGGAGGUGCCUUUUUGAUCCCCUACUUGAUCCUGCUGGUGCUGGAAGGAAUGCCCCUCCUGUUGCUGGAGUUUGCCAUCGGCCAGCGUCUUAGGAAAGGCAGCGUGGGAGUGUGGAGGGCCAUCAACCCUUAUCUGACUGGUAUUGGUAUAGCCUCCCUCCUGGUGUCAUUUUUGGUUGGACUGUACUACAACACCUUAAUAGCCUGGAUCAUCUGGUAUCUCUUCAAUUCCUUUCAAAGCCCGCUGCCUUGGGCCCAGUGUCCUCUCAAUGACAACGGGACAGGAUAUGUAUCAGAGUGUCAACGGAGUUCCACUGUGGAUUACUACUUUUAUCGAGUGACUCUGAACAGUUCAACCUCUAUAGCUGACUCUGGAGGAAUCCACUGGCCUAUAGUACUCUGCCUGUUAGUUGCCUGGACUGUCGUCGCUAUUUGCUGCAUAAGGGGCAUCAGCACUUCGGGCAAGGCAGUAUAUGUCACAGCCAUCCUGCCUUACAUAGUGCUGGGCAUCUUCCUUAUCCGAGGACUGACUCUUAAAGGCGCCCUGAGUGGAAUAAAGUUCCUGUUCACACCAGACGUUGAUGAGUUGAUUAAUCCAACUACCUGGCUGGAUGCAGGUGCUCAGGUCUUUUAUGCCUUUGGUUUGGCAUGGGGAGGCCUCAUCUCCUUCUCAAGCUACAACCCUGUUCACAACAACUGCAUGCAGGAUGCUGUGAUCCUGUCAGUCGUAACUGGCCUUACCUCGGUCUACGCUGCCGCAGUCACCUACUCCAUCAUUGGCUUCAGGGCCACAGAGAAAUAUGAUAACUGUCUCAGCGAUAACAUCAUGACAUUAUUAAAUGCAUUUGACCUUCCUGAAGAUCACUGCGGGCAACUACGAGGCAGCUUUAACCAUCUCAACAGCUCCUACCCUAAUAUUGUUCCUGGAUUGGACAUCAAAACCUGCGACAUGCAGAAACUUUCAGGAGUGGAGGGCAACAGGCCUGGCUUCAUUGUAUUUAACAGAAGCCAUCCCAAGAUGCCGGGUUCUCCAAUCUGGUGUCUCUUUUUCGUCAUGCUUCUCUGCUUGGAACUCUCAAACCUGUUUGGCAACAUUGAAGGNNNNGUGGUCCCACUGAAAGACCUCAAUGUAUUUCCUAAAAAAUGGCCUCAUGAAGCCCUGACUGGAAUAACAUGUGUUGUCGCCUUCAUCAUCUGCCUCCUGUUCACCCAGCACUCAGGGAUUUAUUGGGUAACUCUUUUUGACACCUUCGCCGGAUCUGUUCCACUUCUGACCAUUGGAUUGUUUGAGAUGAUAGCUGUUGUUUACGUCUACGGCAUAGACAGGUUCAAUGCGGACUUCGAGUUCAUGGUCGGACGUAAGCCCUCCAUCUUCUGGCAGGUUUCAUGGAGGUUCAUCAGUCCUCUAAUCGUUCUGGUCAUUUUAGUUUUCUACCUGGUGACACAAGCCCAAAAAGAGCUCACAUAUUUAGUCUGGGAUCCCAACUCUGAGAAGUUCCCGUCUCUGGUGUCAGUAACCUAUCCUUCAUGGAUCUACGUGAUCAUCUUUCUUUUGGCAGGAAUCCCCAGUCUAGCAGUUCCUCUGUAUGCAUUAUGUAGGCUGGUCUUUGUUUGCUGUAAGAAAAAAAUAGUACCAAGACAAAACAUUAGUGACUAAAAAAUUUGCCUGAUGUGCUAAACUGUUUACUGAUGCUUUAUUGAUGCACUUCAGAAAGAUAAUGACAUUUCUGCUCAUGUUUUGUGCAAAUUCAUUGCUGCUGUGACAAUAUACUGUACUAAAAUCCAGGUUUUAUACCUGUUUAUCCUUGCCGUUUAAAUCAUUUUUCUCUCUGUGAAAUAUAAUUUUACCUAUGUAACCUAACAACACAUGACUAAUGAAAUGUAUCUACCAAUAUAUAAAAAUGUUUACCUAUCAAUAGAUAAACAAUACAGCAAAUAUGAAUUUUUAGGCAAAAUGUGAGUUGUAUGUAACUGGGCGUGAAUGAAUGCAUGAAUUUUCUACAACUUGGAAAACUUAACAGGUAUAGACAGGUUAGACAUAAACAUCAAACUGACUCAGGUCAGAUGCAAAGCACAACAUACUGUAAGGAGUGAUAGGGACAGUCGAGUCAGCAAUGUUUAAGGUGCUUUAACUAAAUUAUUUACUGACUAAUAUUACUGGAAAAAUAAAUCCCUUAUUCAAGUACUCAUCCAACUAUAGUAUUGUACUUAUUAUACAAUUCUGCCAUUAUAAUAAAUGAAAGAUCAGCAGUCUGUAGUAUUAUUUUGAAUGCAAUAAAUAACUUAUAAUAAGUAACUUAAAUAACUAAUAAUAAAAACUAAAAAUAAGUUUUAUUGAAUUCAGCCUUUCUCUGAACUUUGCCUCUUGAUCAUUUGGUGCACUUGAUUAACUAUUAUCGUUUGAUGAUUCACAAAAUUGAUAAUAGCAAGAGUGUCUUAUAUAAUGACUGAAAUCCAUCAUGGUCCAAGCUCAUCAAUGGUUCCAUCAGUCAAUAAAUACAUUCUGGGGGAGUUUCAGAAGUGGGGGAUACAAUGAAUUAGCUAGAUUUAGAGAGUCCUCAUGUAUUUUUCUCAAACUAUAAAAAAAAGUUGACAGUUCUAAUCUAACAAAAACUAAAUCUGUUAAGAUUAGACUAGAUUGGAAAUGUGCAAGUUGUAAUGUCUCCUAUGAUCCAAAGUCUGGUUGUGCGUUAGAAAUGUCACUAAACCACAAGUGUUUCAGAAUUUUUUUCUCAAAUUAAUUUCAGAUGUUUCAACCAAGGUGGCUCUUGUGAUUUAAACAAUGUACAUCACACUGGGCUUGGGAGCUGCAGUGGCUCAGUUUGUGUGUAUAAUAACAAUAAAUAAACAAUAUUGAAAAAUAAUGACAAACUAAAUUACUUUGGGAAACUACAUUUUAAAAAGUUUUUAAAUAUAAAGUACUUAACUGUCAUGUACAGUAUCAGUGUCAUUUUUACUGGGGGAAAAACAUCAGGCUCAGCCUAGAAAGAGGGCUGCAUCUCUUUAAUGUAGCUAAACAUAAUGUCAUAAGGUCAUAAUGUUAUGGCUGAUUGGUGUAUGGCUGGACCGUAUGAGGUUAAUGUGCUAAAUUGUGAACAAACAGAGAGUUAGUGAAAGUGUCUAUAAUGUGAAAUUCUGUAAUUUUCUGUAGUGGCACCAGUAAUAUUUGUUCUUAAAGUGUACUGAAGCGUUCCCAUCCAGGCUUUUCAAAAAACAAAAUAAAUGGAUCUCCGCUCCUA